GAAUUUCCCAGAAUGCAUCGAGAUGUGUUUGGAGGGCGCAGAACCGUCGCCGCGGCCGCCAUCUUGGUGCGUGAGAUCGGAUUAUUGUGUCCGCCACCAUGGAGGGCGAUGAUACUGGAAAUCGACUUCGUUUCCAACUAGAACUGGAAUUUGUGCAGUGUUUAGCAAAUCCCAACUACCUCAAUUUUCUUGCCCAGAGAGGAUACUUCAAAGACAAAGCAUUUGUAAAUUAUUUAAAAUACUUGCUCUAUUGGAAGGAACCAGAGUAUGCCAGAUACCUAAAGUAUCCCCAAUGCCUGCAUAUGCUAGAGCUGCUCCAAUAUGAACAUUUCCGUAAAGAACUAGUGAAUGCGCAGUGUGCAAAAUUUAUUGAUGAGCAACAGAUACUACACUGGCAACACUAUUCCCGCAAGCGGAUGCGCCUCCAGCAGGCCCUUGCAGAACAGCAGCAGCAGCAACAGCAGAACAGCACCUCUGUCAAGUGAGCCAUUAGGCACUACAAAAACUCCUUGCAAGGGCAGAAGGCACCUGUGGAUUUAAUCUGGGGAAUUGAUAUCUGAAAUGCCUUAGCACGGUGAUGGUAUUAGUAAAAUGUUGCUUGUGGAUGUUUAGCAGUUGUGGUUAGAAAUUUCAGAUUUGCCACAGACCAAACAAAUGAUUUCUUCAGGAUGUAAGAGAUUCUUAUACUCUGAUUUAAAGGCGUAGAUGUGUUUCCUGAUACUGUAUAGCAGAAGAGUAUUUUGGAACAUUUACUGUGAAGUAAAAGUGGCUAAACAUU